CGCCGCCGGCGCGUCUCCCGCCCGUCCGCCGCCCGCGGGCCGCUCCUCCGGGCCCCAGGCGCAUGGCUCCAUGAGGCAGGCCAAGGCGGCGCGCGAGAGGUCCCGCCCGCCCCGGCUGCGCCUGGCCCGGGAGAGAAGGUACAGGAAGAAAGAAUGGAAACGGAAGGAAGAAAAUUCAUUUCAGAGACAAAAUAGCUCCCCUCCUCUGUUAUAGCUGUUUCUCCUGGCAAGACAAACUUCCUGCUUCAGGUUCUGUACAUUCCAGACCGCGAGCACUGAGUCAGGAUGGGAAAAAGACGCUGCGUUCCUCCACUCGAGCCCAAGUUGGCAGCAGGCUGUUGUGGGGUCAAGAAGCCCAAGUUAUCUGGAAGUGGAACACACACUCACGGAAACCAGGCCACCACUGUCCCCGGCUCUAGUUCAGGACCUCUUCAAAACCACCAGCAUGUGGAUGGCAGCAAUGGUCGGGAGAAUGUGUCAGACUUAACUCUGGGACCUGGAAACUCUCCCAUUACACGAAUGAAUCCCGCAUCGGGAGCUCUGAGUCCUCUUCCCCGGCCCAAUGGAACUGCCAACACCGCCAAGAAUCUGGUGGUGACCGCAGAGAUGUGCUGCUACUGCUUUGAUGUCCUCUACUGUCACCUCUAUGGCUUCCCUCAGCCACGACUUCCUAGAUUCACCAAUGACCCCUAUCCGCUCUUUGUGACAUGGAAGACAGGGCGGGACAAGCGGCUUCGUGGCUGCAUUGGGACCUUCUCAGCCAUGAAUCUUCACUCAGGACUCAGGGAAUACACGUUAACCAGUGCACUUAAGGACAGUCGCUUCCCCCCCCUGACCCGAGAGGAGCUGCCUAAACUUUCCUGCUCUGUCUCCCUCCUCACUAACUUUGAGGAUGCCAGUGAUUAUCUGGACUGGGAGGUAGGGGUCCAUGGGAUUCGAAUUGAAUUCAUCAAUGAAAAAGGUGUCAAACGUACAGCCACAUAUUUACCUGAGGUUGCUAAGGAGCAAGACUGGGAUCAGAUCCAGACAAUAGACUCCUUGCUCAGGAAAGGUGGCUUUAAGGCUCCAAUUACCAGUGAAUUCAGAAAAACGAUCAGACUCACCAGAGCAAAGCCAAAGUGCUAUGAAUUCUGUUCUGAUGACCCUGUGAUAGAUGGCAUAUUCAUCCAGAAAUUGAGGCUGUCCUAUAUAGCCCCAGGAUCCUUUAACCUGCUUCAUGAGAAUUUGACCCAGAAUUAGGUACCGAAGUGAGAAGGUGACAAUCAGUUAUGCAGAAUAUGUUGCUUCUCGACAGCACUGUCUCCAGAAUGGCACUCUUCAUGCCCCGCCCCUCUACAAUCAUUACUCCUGACACACGGCUGCAUGACCAGUCCCACCCCCCUGUGGCCACCCAUGGCUAUGACAUCAUUGGAGCGGACGCCUCCUCUUCCUGGUCCAGUUACUUCUAUUACUGCACCAUUUUAUGAUGCUAGCUUCCGUUGCCAAGUCUGCCUCCAGCUGACUUGGGGGUGUGGGGUGGGAGGGCGGGGUCACAUUGAAUGAAACAGAACUUGAGGGGCCCAAGCCUUACUUCAGCCUUUCCUCAUUAUGGGGUUCCGUUGGAUUGGGGCUCCUCCAUGACCAGUGAGAACUGCCUGUGGGUUCAGAAGGCCCUCGGCAUGCACCUGCUUGCUGGCUACACGGUGGGAGCUGGAAUUCAUGGUUCCUGAAGGUUGACCCACUUGCACCUUGUAGCCUCCCAGAUCGAGUAGAUGUGUUUCCCCUGGCAGUCUGGGCAACGGAGACCAACAAGACACAUUUUUAGGUUGUUUUAAAUUCCUUUUUUAAACGUCCAGUUUAUUGCAUACCAACAGUUGGUUACAACCUCCAUGCUUCAUGAGUGGACGCCGUGAGUCCUGUGAGGCUCCUGGACAGACACCCACUUCCAGAUGGAAAGCCCUUUGGGUGGCAGGGCAGAUCUCAUUUGUUGCUCAAUCGAUCUCCAAGGUUUCGUUCUAACCCUGCUGACGUUGGAUUUUUGGGCGCUCUCUCGCAUGGAGUCUCCCGGUACUCACCAGAGCUCUGUGUUGUCACCUGCUGAGGAAUGAACUGGGAUGCCUGCGGGAGGUCCUGACAUCCUUGCUGUGUGCAGCGUGAAAGGAGAGACCUCCUCACCACCCGGCUACCUCACUCCUCGCCUGGCAGCAGUGCCUAUAGCCGCAUCUAGGUUCCCGGAAGACGGAGAUGUUCAAACACGCACCCGGGUUGGGCUGCAGAAAGACAUUGUCACAGGAGAAAAUCCAGGGUCUCCAAGCUGUUUGUGUUCCUUCAGGCAAACAUCUUUAAGGGACUUAAAAGCAGAGGAGUUCCUUUUCCUGCUUUCCCUGUAGGAGGAGAAGACAGUUGAUUCUGUCCUUUUCGGGACUUGAGAGCAACGCUGUGUGGUCACACCAGGCGAAUCAUUAUCUUGCCUAAUAUGCUGGGAAUCUUUACCCCACCCGGGCAGGCUUCCCAACAGCUCCCGUUAGCUCUGUCCUUCCAUUCUCCUGUGGCACUUCUCCCUUUCCCGUAUCCCUGAGGACCUGUCAGCGAGUCCUCCUCCCCCUGGCCCCGCCUCCGCUCCCUUGGUGCAGAGCUGACUGCAGCGGCAGCAGGGACCUGGCAGCACAGUGCUGGAGGGCUAUGGGAGGCGUGGCCGGUGGGAGGGGAGACCCUGAGGGUGACACUCCAGCAGCACUUGGAGAACUCUUGAAGUGGAUUAGAUGUCAACCUGGUGGACACAAUGUUUUUAUUUAAUUUAUUUUUAAAAGUUUAUGUGGUGGUGGUGUGGCUUUCCAGAAUGGGCACAUAGUCAAGUCAAAAGACCUUUUGAGUUUUCUUCUGCCAGAAUUGGGGAAGGGGGUGGACCGGGACACGGUGUAAGAAACGACACAUGCUAUUACAGGCACAGCUGUCUGUUUCCUGGAAGAGAUGAAUAAAGGUGGGCAGACUAGCUUGGCGUCAUCCUCUCAGGCUGCGGCGCACGCAGGGGCGAUGGGCUGGCAUCAGAUGCCCAGGCUGGGCUGAUUCUCACUUGUGCCCCUUUUCCUUGCAGAGGUAAUGCAAAAGCUAUUGAAGAUGAAGGGAUGGUUUCAUGAUUUCCUGCUGCUGAGAAUAAUAAAUGUUAAAACGUGAUGACAGUUACUUUUAGGUGCCGGUGCCAUGGAUUGACAUCAGGGUGGUCAGUUUGGGACUAAACCACCCACCUUCAAUUUGUACAACAGUGUUGAUCUAUAGGGCUACACUUCAUUAUUAUUCAAGUGUUCUAUGUUAAAAGUUGUGUUUAAUUUCUAAAGAUUAAAAAAAAGCAAAAAAAAAUGGUGCUAAAAUUUUACCCCUGAGCACGCUCAGUGAAACUGGUCAUGCAAGCAUUUACAGUGCCAUGCUUCUCAAGCCUAUUGUUUCUCGUAGACAUGCUGCCCUGUCUGUCUUCCCCAAUGUAGAGUGUGAUUUUUUGUUUUAUCUUAUUAGGGUGGGGUAGGAUACCUGCCAUUAAGAAAAUGAACAGAAACAUUUGAACCCACACACGAGGGGCUGGGGAAUCUGCACAGACCUGGCUGGUGAUGCCAGCACCACACUGAGUGGGCUUCAGGCCCAGCAGAGGAGCUGCUCGGGGUCCCUUGCUCAUCACGGGGACUCCGGAGUUGACCAAGGAAAGCUAUGUGGUCCUGGAAGGAAGGGCGCCAUCCCUGUCUGUCUGCAACGGGCCUAGUCAGGACGCGGUAUGGAGUGCACGGUCGUGGCCACAUGGAGGUGUGGCGGGUGGCCCUCAGAAAGGCACCAAGCCAACCAUCCGGGUGGCGGCCGUGCAGAGGGGUUGACCGCUCCAAGCUAGAUCUGAACAGCGUGUGAGCGGCGGCUUUACAGAGAAGGCUGGUUUUGCUCGCUCCGUCUGCCCUUGGGCUGCUCAAGCUGAACAGUAGGUGACCACUGUUGUCACGGGACCAGCCCCACGUGCGGGUCUGGCUCGGAGCUUGUUUCCUCCCUUGCAGCGAGUGCCUUUGGUCUGGAAAGCGAGCUUGUCUCCUGACGCCCACAGCGAGGACAUUGCGUGUCAUCACGAAUUGCGUUAAAGGAGAAUGUCUCAUCGCUGGAGUUGUCGGUGUUGCAUUGUUUCCACUGUGAGGUUCUUAAACUUUUUUUGCUUCAUAAUUAAUAUUAAAGUAAUUCAUGUUAGAGAUCCUUUCAAUAUGAAAGGUUUGUAAUGGAGACAUAACAUUUUAUUGUUUGUAAUAAAAACCUAUAAGAAGUCCUAGGUGUUAAUAUUUGCACAAGAUUUGUUUUCCAUGUUAACACCUAUUUCACUAACUGUUGAUGUUAUUUUCUGUUGAGAUUCUGGAGCCUAGGGAGCUUGUGUAUUUUUUAUUAAUUUCCCUAUUUCUUUGAAGCAAGAGACUUUGUAUAGCCUUCAAGUGCAAGGACUUCAGACCAAUUCUUCGUAUUACACUUGGUUGCCUCUUGGCUAUAUAACUGCUGAGUGCAAAUCAUUGAACUCUUUAAUGAAGUAUUGUAGAGAAUAAAUCAUUAUGAGUAAAA